GUUUUUAAGAGACAAUCAAAGGAUCCCAGCCACGGACCUGUUUGGCUCAGGAAGGAUCUACCAUGGCCUGGGCCCCUCUGCUCCUUGUGCUCCUUGCCUACUGCUCAGGUUCCCUCUCCCAGUCCAUGCUGACUCAGCCACCGUCAGUGUCUGUGUCUCCAGGGCAAAAUGCUCAACUCACCUGCACAGGAGAAAAGGUUGAUAAAAACUAUGUGCACUGGUACCAACAGAAACCUGGACAGGCCCCCCAACUCGUCAUAUAUAAGGAUAGUGAGAGACCCUCUGGAAUCCCUGAGCGAUUCUCUGGGGCCAGCUCUGGAAAAACAGCCACGUUAACCAUCACUGGGGUCCAGGCGCAGGACGAGGCUGAUUAUUACUGCUCAUCCCAAGCAGGAACUAUGUGUCACUGUGUAUAUGUCUUCGGCGGCGGAACCCAGCUGACAGUCCUCGGGCAGCCAAAGGCAUCUCCUACUGUGCACCUCUUCCCUCCAUCCUCGGAGGAGCUGCAAACCAAGAACAAAGCCACCCUGGUGUGUCUGCUGGGCAGCUUCUACCCCGGCUCCGUCCAAGUGACCUGGAAAGCUGAUGGCAAGCAGAUCUCCACGGGAGUGGAGACCACCAAGCCUUCCAAGCAGAGCGACAACAAGUACAUGGCCAGCAGUUACCUGUCUCUGGAUGCAUCCAAGUGGACGUCCCAUGAUACCUACACCUGUCAGGUGACACACGAUGGCAAGACCCUGGAGAGGUCCCUGAAGCGAUCGGAGUGUUCGUAACCCUCUGACCCCAAGGGGCGCAGCCGGUGCCCACGUCAGCCCGUCGGGGGCUCCCAGAGGAGACGGGAUCUCCUAGCGUGGCCAUGAUGCUGAUUUCCAGCAAAUCUCCUUCCUCUUCUGCGGGUGGGAUUCUAUUGAUCCACACGACACCUGUCUUUGUUCCCUGUUCCCCUCUGCUCCCACCCCCGGCAAUCCCUGGCCAGUCCCCCCUGCUGUAGUCUCCCAUGCAGCCUUGUUAUGUCAUUAAUAAAACCAAAACA